CCUCCCCCCACCAUGGCGCGGAGCGAGGCAGCGGCGGCGGGGCCGGGCCCGGGGCCCCCCCUUGACUGGGUACUGGCCCAGGCCCUGAUUCCCUGAAGAGAGGUGAGCGGGGGUCCCACAGGCUGGGGAGAGAGAUGUGGAGUGACUGGGCUUGUUCUGAGCCAGCUGGAGGCCUGGAACACUGCCUUGUAUGGAUUUCAGUGGCGGUUAUGGCAGGGACCAGGUGCCCCCCAGGCUGGGGGGUAGGGACAAGGUCAGGAACAUCGUGUUUGGGUAAGGGCUCGAAAGAACCAUGGCAUGGGUGGUAGGUGGUGGUCUCAGACCUGGAGGCAUCCCCUUUCAGGAUGAGUCAAGUGGUCGGAAAAGGGAAGUUUCCACAUAUCAGUAAAGGAUCCAAAAGAGUUUCCUGACGUGAUAUGACCCUGCAUUUGGAGAGUGGCAUGGAUAUAGUUUACCAUUGUGUGUGUGUAUGUGCAUGUACGUGGGAAAAUCUCCUGAUACUCAGACCUGCUGGUGGCUGAGAAAAAGCCAGAGAAAACGAUAAUUUAACGCUAAUAGCAGCUAACGUUUAUAUAGUGUUUACUCUGUCAGCAACUACUCUAAGCAUGUUACAGUGUAUUAUCUCAUCUAAUCCUCACAAUAAUCCUGUGAGGCAGGUGCUAUCAUCCUUGUUUUACAGAUGAACACACUGAGGCACAAAGAGAGGAAGUCACCUGAUUAAAGUCACACAGCAGGGAAUUGGGGGUGUGAACCUGGAAAGGUUGGGGCCAGAUUCUGUCCGGCAAGGCUGCACUGCCUCUCGAUGAAUGUUAGCUAUUUUCAGUGUUAUUAUUACAGUUUCAACUUGAGUCCCACCCAAGCUGUGGGACUUCCCGUUGCAUAGAUUGUGGUUCUGAGCCCUAGAGACCCUACUGCCAAGCAGGUACAGAGCUGGGCCUCCUACCUUGGGAGCGCCACCGCCCAGGCCAGGGUUUUCUGUCCAUUGUAGAGCAGUGUCCUGGAGGGAGUGCAAGACAAAUUAGUGGGGGGCCUCAGAGAUGGUGGGAUACCCUGACUUUGCCUUUUUCUCUCUUCAGCCCCAUCACCGUCUCCCUCAGUCUCUCUCUUUCUUCCCGUCUUUAUCUGUCUCUAUAACACUCUUACUUUCUCUUCCUGUCUCUCCCCCUCUCCAUCUCUGUGUCUCAGUCUCUCUUUUCUGUGUGUGUCUCCUCCACCCAGUUUUUCUGGCUCUCUUUGCUUCAGUCUUACUGCCUCUUCACCUUUCUUUCAGAUUCUUUCUCUUGUUAUCUCGUUGUCUCUCUCUCUGAAUCUGUCUCUCUGUAACUGCGAGUCCAUCUCUCCCUCCCCCUCGUCUCUGUCUCUUGGUCCCUUCUCUGUGUCCACAGUCCCCCUCCCCAUGGGCUGAAGGAUCAAGGCCACAUCAGGUCACAGGCCCCAAAUGCAGAUUCCUGGGAGGUGGGCCAGCAGGGACUGGGGCAUGGGGUGGGGUGAAAACAGUUUCAGGGACCCCCCCCUUCCCAUCCUUUUCUCUUCACCCCCCACCCACCCUGUGUUGUGAUGGGAGUUGACAUGUCGUGGGCUGCAGCUGCCGCAGGGGGAAUCCCUGCCGGAAGGUUUUGCCUGGAGCAGAGGCACAGCCUGAUUUUGUGUGUGUGUGUGUGUGUGUGUGUGUGUGUGUGUGUGUGUGUGUGUGUGUGUGUGUAGGCAUGUGGCCUUGUGCCCAUUAAUGUGAGCAUGAAAGUCUGCCCCCUGUGUGGGAGCUCAGCAGAGCCCAGGAUGAAACCAGCCUCAGAGAAAGACUUUUCAAGACUGAGCAGGGAGACUGAUGUGUUUUUCUCAGCCUCUCCCACCAUCAGAACCCCUCUGCUACAGCCAGAGGUUGCGGGGGGUGUAUUACCCUUAACAUUUACUGAAUACUUACUGUGUGCCAGGCCCGAUGCUCAGUGACCCCUAUGAAUGAGUUCACUGAACUCUUGCAGCAACCCAAUGAAGACAGUACAAUUAUCAGACCAUUUUACAAAUCAGGAAAUUAUGGCCUAGUUAGGGAAAAUCAUUGGUUUGGGGUCACAGAGCUAGCAAGCUGGGGAAGCCAGGACUUGAACCUGAGUCUAUUUGAUCUAAAGCCCUUGCUCUUAAUAAUAGUGCACAUUUCUAUCUCUGGCACAUAUUGGACACGAUGAUAAUAAUAAUAAUUAUCCACUUACAUGUAUUGAACACAUUGUAUGUGCUGGGCACUGUUCUGAGUAUACCAUGCUCAUUAAUCCAUUUAAUCCUCACAGAGGUAAGGCCUGUUUUUAUCUCCAUUUUACAGAUGAAGAAACCGAGAUUCAGAGAGGUUCAGACACUUGCCCGAGGUCACACAGCUAAUCUCACCUCCCGCUCCUCCCGUCUUCCCCCUGCACCAUGGCUCCAGGCCCCUUCUCCUCGGCGCUCCUCUCGCUGCCGCCUGCUGCCCUGCCCUUUCUGCUGCUUCUCUGGGCGGGGGCAUCUCGAGGCCAGCCCUGCCCCGGCCGCUGCAUCUGCCAGAACGUGGCGCCCACGCUGACCAUGCUGUGCGCCAAGACCGGCUUGCUCUUUGUGCCUCCGGCCAUCGACCGGCGCGUGGUGGAGCUGCGGCUCACCGACAACUUCAUCGCGGCCGUCCGCCGCCGAGACUUCGCCAACAUGACCAGCCUGGUGCACCUCACCCUCUCCCGGAACACCAUCGGCCAGGUGGCGGCCGGCGCCUUUGCAGACCUCCGCGCCCUCCGCGCCCUGCACCUCGACAGCAACCGCUUGGCGGAGGUCCGGGGCGACCAGCUCCGCGGCUUGGGCAACCUCCGCCACCUGAUCCUCGGCAAUAACCAGAUCCGCCGGGUGGAGUCGGCCGCCUUCGACGCCUUUCUCUCCACCGUGGAGGACCUGGAUCUGUCCUACAACAACUUGGAGGCCCUGCCGUGGGAGGCCGUAGGCCAGAUGGUGAACCUGAACACCCUCACGCUGGACCACAACCUGAUCGACCACAUCGCCGAAGGUACCUUCGUGCAGCUUCACAAACUGGUUCGCCUGGACAUGACCUCCAACCGCCUGCACAAACUGCCCCCUGACGGGCUCUUCCUGAGGUCCCAAGGCCCCGGGCCAAAGCCACCCACGCCGCUCACGGUCAGCUUCGGCGGCAACCCCCUGCACUGCAACUGCGAGCUGCUCUGGCUGCGGCGGCUGACAAGGGAGGAUGACCUGGAGACGUGUGCCACCCCUGAGCACCUCACCGACCGCUACUUCUGGUCCAUCCCCGAGGAGGAGUUCCUGUGUGAACCUCCGUUGAUCACUCGGCAGGCAGGCGGCCGGGCCCUGGUGGUGGAGGGCCAGGCGGUCAGCCUGCGGUGCCGUGCUGUGGGUGACCCUGAGCCGGUAGUGCAUUGGGUGGCACCUGAUGGGCGGUUGCUGGGGAACUCGAGCCGGACCCGGGUCCGGGGGGAUGGGACACUGGAUGUAACCAUCACCACCUUGCGGGACAGUGGCACGUUCACUUGCAUAGCCUCCAACGCCGCCGGGGAAGCCACGGCACCGGUGGAGGUGUGCGUGGUGCCUCUGCCUCUGAUGGCGCCCCCACCGGCCGCCCCACCACCUCUCACCGAGCCUGGCUCCUCGGACAUCGCCACACCUGGCCGACCUGGUGCCAAUGAAUCUGGGGCUGAGCGCCGGCUUGUGGCUGCCGAGCUCACCUCCAGCUCCGUGCUCAUCCGCUGGCCAGCCCAGAGGCCCGUGCCUGGCAUCCGCAUGUACCAGGUCCAGUACAACAGCUCCGCGGAUGACUCCCUUGUCUACAGGAUGAUCCCAUCCACCAGCCAGACCUUCCUGGUGAAUGAUCUGGCAGCGGGCCGCGCCUACGACCUGUGCGUGCUGGCCGUCUACGACGAUGGGGCCACGGCGCUGCCCGCCACCCGAGUGGUGGGCUGCGUGCAGUUUACCACGGCGGGGGAUCCCGCGCCCUGCCGCCCACUGAGGGCCCAUUUCUUGGGCGGCACCAUGAUCAUCGCCAUCGGGGGUGUCAUUGUCGCCUCCGUCCUCGUUUUCAUAGUUCUGCUCAUGAUCCGCUACAAGGUCUACGGCGAUGGGGAUGGCCGCCGAGUCAAGGGCACCUCCAGGUCGCCUCCGCGGGUCAGCCACGUGUGCUCUCAGACCAACGGCGCAGGCGCAGGCGCAACGCAAGCCCCGCCCCCGCAGGCGCAAGACCGCUACGAGGCGCUGCGCGAGGUGCCAGCUCCGGCUGCGGCGGUGGCCGUCGAGGCAAAGGCCGUGGCGGCCGACACGGCUUCCGCGGAACCGGAGGCGGUCCUUGGACGCUCCCUGGGCGGCUCAGCCACCUCGCUGUGCCUGCUGCCGUCCGAGGAAACCUCCGGGGAGGAGUCCUGGGCCGCGGCUGGCCCUCGGAGGAGCCGUUCUGGGGCCCUGGGAUCGCUGGCUUCGGCGCCCCCCACUUUAGCUCUGGUUCCUGGGGGAGCCCCGGCCCGGCCGAGACCGCAGCAGCGCUAUUCGUUUGACGGGGACUACGGGGCGCUCUUCCAGAGCCACAGUUACCCGCGCCGCGCCCGGCGGACAAAGCGCCACCGGUCCACGCCGCACCUGGACGGGGCUGGAGGGGGCGCGGCCGGGGAGGACGGAGACCUGGGGCUGGGCGCCGCCAGGGCGCGCCUGGCCUUUACCAGCACCGAGUGGAUGCUGGAGAGUACCGUGUGAGCGGCUGGCGGGCGCCGGGACGCCUGGGUGCCGCGGACAAACGCCCAGCCGCCCGGACGCCGGGGCAGGACUCGGGGGACAAAGCUCCGAGCAAAGACGUCGGACUGCAGGGGAGGCGUGCCCUUCUCCUCCCUGGAUGGGGUGGGCGGCCUGGGCUGCGGCUCGAAGUCACGCCCCCGCGCUUAGGGGGGUUGGAGGGUGGGCCGCCGAGCUCCUCUCCCCCACGGACUUUAAGCCCCCCUCCUGCCCCUCCCCCCGCGCGCUCGCGGACCUCGCUGGAGCCGGUGCCUUACACAGCGAAGCGCGGGGAGGGGCAGGGUCCCCCGACACUGCAGCACUGAGACACGAGACCCCUCCCCCUGCCCAGAACCCGGGGCAGGGGCGAGGGACCCAUUUUCUUGUAUCUGGCUGGACUAGAUCCUAUUCGGUCCCGCGGCGGCCUCCAAAGCCCCCACCCCCACCCCAUUCAAUUCCCUGGUCCCGUCGGGUCUGGCUUGGGGUGCCCCUUUCUCUGUUCCCUUCGUUUGUCUCUGUCACGCCCUCUGUCAUCUCUGUCUUACGUCCUUCCCUGUUUGUCUCUUAUUUCUCUGUCCCGUCAUCUCUUCUCCCUCUGAACUCCCGUAUUGCGUCCAGCCUCCUUGUCUCUCCAGAUUAUAUCUCCCCAGUACACAUUCUCCCGGGCAGGUCCCACUGGAAGGACCAGACUCACCCCUCUUCCUUCCUCUUAACCCCCAAAUAAAUCCCCACAUGAACAAAAUCCAAAACCAAAUCCCCCUCCCUACCGGAGCCGGGACCCUCCGCCGCAGGAGAAUUAAACAUUUUUCUGUGUCUGAGGCCACUCUGCUGA